ACAAACAGACUUAUCGGCUUUGAGUCAGUCGUCACUGAUUCUUUGCUAUCUGGUUUAAGUGAUGAAAUUCCAAAUUCCUUGUAUAUUGAUAUCCGCUGAGUACCCAAUAGCUAACCCAGAUCGCAGAUUCCGGUCCAGAAGCUCUCGACGACGACUCCUCCAUAGGGAAUCGAAAUCGCUUGGUGCUGUAAGAUGCACGUUGGCUGGAGGGCGGACUGCUGUUAUGAGCCAGCAUCAUUUGAGCCAGGCUGCGUCGUCCUUCUUCAAUGUUAAGGAGGACUACAACACCACUCUGGACAAUAUGAGCCGGGAGUUCGAAGAGCGCUGGAACCAUCAGACGCAAUCGCCUCACUCCAACUUGGAGAACUACAUCCAGCGUGCAGUCCUGGGAAACGGCAGCUUCGGCACCGUGCUCUUGGUCAAGGAGAAGAUUGGAAAAAACUACUAUGCUGCCAAGAUGAUGAGCAAAGAGGAUCUGGUGCGACUCAAGCAGGUGGCCCACGUUCACAACGAGAAGCACGUGCUCAACGCGGCCCGCUUUCCGUUUCUCAUCUAUUUGAUCGACUCGACAAAGGACUUUGACUACCUCUACUUGAUCCUGCCACUGGUCAACGGCGGUGAGCUCUUCAGCUAUCACCGCAGGAUGCGGAAGUUCAACGAGAAGCAGGCUAGGUUCUAUGCCUGCCAGGUGGCACUGGCUCUCGAGUACAUGCACCGGAUGCAUCUUAUGUAUCGGGACCUCAAGCCGGAGAACAUUCUUUUGGACAUCCGUGGGUACAUCAAGAUAACCGACUUUGGGUUUACUAAACGAGUAGAUGGCCGCACCUCAACUUUGUGCGGCACUCCGGAGUAUUUGGCUCCGGAAAUCGUGCAACUUCGGCCGUACAACAAGUCGGUGGACUGGUGGGCUUUCGGUAUCCUUGUCUACGAGCUGGUAGCUGGUCGUUCGCCCUUCGCCAUUCAUAAUCGCGACGUGAUCCUAAUGUAUUCGAAGAUUUGCAUGGGCGAGUAUAAAAUGCCCACUUACUUCACUCAAAAUCUGAAGACCCUGGUGGAAAGUCUAAUGCAGGUGGAGACCACGAAACGUUUAGGAAAUGCGUCCGACGGCGCUGCGGAUGUGAAGAACCAUCCCUGGUUUCAAGGGAUCGAUUGGUAUGGCAUUCUCAACCAGGAAGUUCCGGCACCCUAUGUGCCCACGGUAUCCGGCGCCGAGGAUCUGUCCAAUUUCGAGAACUUCGAAUUGAAGGACAAGAUGAAGUCGCGAAUAAACCGGCAUCCGGAAUUAUUCGUGAAUUUUUAAAUGUUAAGAUCGCAUUUGUUAGCUUGUUUUGGGUGAUAUUGGUGUGAAAAAUGUCUUUAUUGUAAAGAGGCACAUUUGCUAAUUGUUUUUAAAAAAUAAAUGUUUUGAAAAGAUA